CUCGUCUCUUCUAUAUACAUAAAAAAAACAAAAAGGUCAUAGAAAUACAACUCCACACAAAACUCCAUUUAAAAAAAAAUCAAGAAACCAAAGAUCUAGCCAUGGCUGGAUUACAAAGAUCUACAGUAUCCUUCAGAAGACAAGGAUCCUCAGGUCUUAUCUGGGACGAUAAGCUCAUCUCGGAGUUAAACCAAGCCGCUAAUAACAGUCAAGAGCACGCUCAUCAUCAAGAACGUGAAGAAAAGUUAGAUAAUAAUCAAGAAACCGAAGUUAAGCCGUCGAUAAGACCGGUCAGCACCAUCGAAAGAAGCCGAUCUAACGGCGGACAGAGAGGGUAUCGGACCGGUAAGGUUUCUCCGGCUAUAGAGCCGCCGUCUCCUAGAGUUUCCGCUUGUGGGCUUUGCGCUGGUUUCGGUAAACAAACCAAGAAUCACCGGAGAAAGGCGGGUAAGAUUCCUAGAUCAAGGUAGGUUGAUUAGUUCUCCGGUGAUCCGCCGGGGAUGGAAUAUUCCGGUGGACGAAAUAUAUAAGUCUCUCUCUAUAUAUAUGUUGUUAGGUUUUUAGGGUUUGUUAAGAGUUUUGAGUUCUUGUUUUAUCUCAUCAGUUUAAUAAAGUGAGAUGUAGAAGUGUUUUUUUUUGCUAAUCUUGUUUAUGUUUUGUUAAUUUAGUAUUAUUUUGGAUGGAUCUACUUAUGUAAAUAUGGUUUUCUUGAAAAAAAAUUAUUCAUAUUAUCAAA